AUGAACUCUUUUAGUGAAGCUGGACUGUUCAUUUUGCUCAUCCUGAUUGGAAUGAAAGUGCAUCUUGCAGCUUCACAGAACCACUGCAAUAAGAACAUUCAGGUGAUGACAAAGACAGCAUGCCAUUCCUGCACUAUAAGCUUUUUAGUGAACUGCCCAGAGGGCUACAGCAAGAAAAAGUCUGGAGGUGGACAACGGGACUGCAGGUAUCAUUAUGGUAUUUCGGGUCUCUCCUCCCAAGGCUGCUCACAUGAAUGUUACAAAGAUGUGGUAGAAAAAAGAUGCUGUCCAGGGUACUGGGGAUACGACUGUCUCGAGUGUCCAGGAUCAGCAGCUACUCCCUGCAAUAACAACGGACUGUGCUCUGAUGGCAUGGGUGGUAACGGCACUUGCACUUGUAAAGCAGGUUUUGUAGGAACAGCAUGUGAGAUGUGUAAUGAGAACCUGUAUGGACUCACAUGCAGCAGUGUCUGUAGAUGCAAGCAUGGUCUCUGUAACAAUGGGAUUAAAGGAGAUGGCCAGUGCACCUGCUUUUCAGGAUACACAGGCCAAGACUGUGACCAGGAGCUUCCAGAUUGCGCUGCUCUAAACUGUGGACCCAAUGCACUUUGUUUUGAGGACAUUUCAGUGAGAAAAUUAUCGUGUAAAUGCAAGCCUGGUUACCGUGGUGAUGGAACCCAGUGUACCUCAAUUAACCCAUGUCUGAGGAAGGUCUGUCAUGAGAAAGCAUUGUGUGUUCACACUGGACCAAACCAACACACAUGUACCUGUACAGAGGGUUAUGAAGGAGAUGGGCUGGUCUGCAUGCCCAUUGAUCCCUGCCAAAACAAUUAUGGAGGCUGCAUCAGCGAUUCCACUCAAUGCGUGUAUGAUGGACCUGGAAAGGGUCACUGUGAAUGCCUAUCCGGAUUUGACAAGUUGGUUAUGGGUGAGGGCUGUUCUGUGAAAGAUGCAUGUAAGCCAGGCUCUUGUCAUAAAAAUGCUAAUUGCACUACAGUGGCACCAGGAACAGUGGAGUGUAAUUGUUUUCAGGGUUUUCUUGGCAAUGGCAAAAUCUGCUUUGGCAAUAUAAUGCAUCGUUUGCAAGAACUGAACUCAGACCCUGACGGUCACUGGACUGGUCAAUUGUCUAAAGCCAUCAGUCUGCUUGAGUCAGUCAUGUCCUGGCCUUUGAUGAAACUUGGACCAUUCACUGUGUUUGUGCCCACCAACAAGGCUUUCAAAUCAACAUCUGUGGAAACUAUGGUGGCGGAUGAGGCGAAGGCCCGCUAUCUUGUAAAGAUGCACAUGAUUGCUGGAGAAGUAAACUUUGAUACUUUAAAGAAGGGAAUACUCUAUUAUACUCUGACAGGAAAGACUGCUGAAUCAUUAACUGAGUUGAAGCAGGUGAAAGUCCGAAUUCAUGGAAGUCGUAAAAAGGGGACGGUUUUGGAUUCAGAUGUUAUCACUUCAAACGGAUUGAUUCAUAUAAUAGAUAAAGUGUUGGACACAGUCCCACCUACCGUGAUAAGUGACAAUCAGGAAAACUUAAUGAAGAUUCUGUCAGACAAUGGAAAGUUUUCCCAGCUUAAAUCUUUAAUUGAGAAAACCUCUCUGGCAGAUGUGUUAGAACUGCCUGGUCCAUACACAUUGUUUGCUCCCACAAAUACAGCAUUUUCUUUAAUGAAGAAAGAUCACUUCGACUACCUCACAUCUGAAGAGGGUAAAUCUAAACUACUGGAAUUACUGAGAAAUCAUAUUGUGGCUUCAGCCCAGCUGAAGGCUAGCUACAUUGUGUCGAGCCCACAGACCAUAUCCAUGGCAAAUCAAGUUUUGUCAUUUAAUGUCACUGCUACUGGUCAAAUCCUGGUAAGUGGAGUAGCUGUGGCUGAGGCAGAUGUGGAGGCGAACAAUGGACGUCUAUAUUCUCUGGAGGGUAUUUUAGUCCCAGCAUCCAUUGAGCCCAUUCUUCCUCAUCGCUGUGACACUGUAGAAAAUAACAUUUAUCAGGGUACAUGUGUUAGCUGUUCAUUUAUAUCCAAGUCCACCUGUCCAACAGGUGUCUCACUGAACACAACAUCCAAAGACUGUGUCUACAUGUAUAUAUCCUUAGGAUCUGCAAAUAGGAAAAUUCCUAUUAAAGGCUGCAGUACGCUCUGCAAUAGGACAAAUACUAUUCCUCAAUGCUGUAAAGGAUUUUUUGGACCAGACUGUUCCCCUUGUCCUGGUGGUUUUAGUAAGCCCUGCUCCUCUCAUGGCAAGUGUUUUGAUGGCAUAGAUGGCAAUGGAACUUGUCAAUGUGAGCCCAACUUUAAAGGAUCACGUUGCCAGUACUGUGCUGACCCCAACAAGUACGGCCCAUUGUGCAACCAAACCUGCAGGUGUGUAAAGGGUACAUGUGACAACAGACCUGAAGCAAAUGGAGCAUGUAAACCAGGGUCCUGUGUAUCGGGCAUCAGUGGGCAGUUCUGUGAUAAACACGCACAGCCCUGCGGGUCCAACCAGAUAUGCCACGUCCACGCCGACUGCAUAUUCAGCAUGAAUACAAACCAGUGUGUAUGCAAGCCUGGUUACAUGGGAGACGGAUUGUCAUGCAUUCAUGAUGACCCAUGUACUUGGACAACCAAUGGAGGCUGUGGUGACAAUGCUAAAUGUAUAAAGACAGGAGAAGGAAAACACAGGUGUGAGUGUUUAAGUGGUUGGAAACAGGAUGGAGAUGAGUGCCAGCCUGUAAAUAACUGUUUGGAGCCAUCCAGAGGAGGAUGCCAUAUCAAUGCUGCAUGCAUCUAUGUGGGUCCAGGACAGAAUGACUGUGUCUGUAAGCAACAUUUCCGUGGCAAUGGUGGAGAGUGUGAACCUGUAAAUGAGUGUGUGGAUCAGAUGGGAGGAUGCCAUCAGCAGGCCACGUGUGUGUCCACAAAUCAAGGAAGGUUUCAGUGUGUGUGUCAGCCCGGCUAUUCAGGAGAUGGAAAAGUUUGCUACGGGACCCUGGCACAGGAAGUGGAAAACAAUCUUGACUUUAGAGGAUUCAAUGCAUGGGUGACUCAAGCAGACCUCAGUCAGAUGCUGUUUGAGGCGCAGAACAUGACUCUGUUUGUGCCCUCAGCACAAGCCAUCAACGAUAUGAGCAAAGAAGAUCAGGAUUUCUGGCUGUCCAGUAGCAACCUUCCAAGCCUGGUCAUGAGUCACAUUGUGAAUGGGUUGUAUGGAUUAACUGACAUGCGAAGUUUCCCUUCUCCAAAACUGGUUUCACUUUUAGGAAGAACACUUCCUGUUUCCUGGACCAAUGCGACCACCACGGUUGCUGGAGCUGCAAUUUUAUCAGGAAAUAUGCUUGCCAAGAAUGGACUUAUUCAUCUAAUUGACAAAGUCCUGAUAUCAGAUAGGAAUUCGAGUGAAGGUUUACUUGCAAAGCUGAACCAGAGACCAGAAUUCUCUCUCUUCAGAAGUGCUCUCAUUACAUACAGCCUGACAGAGGAGAUUGACGAAGCUUCUGGUUUUACUGUGUUCGCACCUACAAACGAUGCCAUUGCAAAGUUCCUGAACAGUACAGGACAGCAUUCACUGAAUGUGAAUGUGACACGAUACCAUGUUAUCCUGGGUGAGACUCUGAAGCAGACUGACUUGCAGGAUGGCCUAUAUAAAGACACUAUGCUCGGAUUUGCCUAUCAGCUGGGUAUAUUUCGCAAAGACAAUAAUUGGUUUGUAAAUAACGCACAAGUGAUUGCUACAGAUAUACUGACUGAUAAAGGAGUGAUUCAUGGAGUGUCUGCUGUACAAAAAAAUCCUAAUAACCGCUGUGACACAGCUUUGAGAACCAAUACUCAGGGGAAGUGUAUGGACUGCUUUCAUCCAACUGAGCCACGCUGUCCAGCUAGAACAAAGGAGAAUAAACUGGUAACAGCGAGAAAAUGCACAUACAGUGUGAAGAAGUAUGGAUUGUUCGUCGGCUGUGCAGCUUUAUGUGAAAAGUUAAAUAUUGUACGGAAGUGCUGUAAUGGGUUUUAUGGCACUAACUGUGAGAGUUGUCCAGGGCCAGAGGGCCAGCCAUGUUUUGGUAAUGGUGUAUGUGUGGAUGGCAUCAGGGGCACUGGUGUGUGUCAGUGCAAUCUUGGCUUUAAUGGGACUGCCUGCGAGACCUGCCAAACUAACAAAUACAGCAUUCACUGUGACCAAGACUGUAAGUGUGUAAAUGGUAGGUGCAAUAGUGGUCUGAAUGGAGAUGGCACCUGUGAUUGUGAUGUGGGUUGGAAAGGAAUCUACUGCUCUAUAAGCAUUACCUCAGAUUCAUGUGCAGGAAAGUGCCACUCAAAUGCAAACUGCCUUCUAAGAGUAACAGAUAAUUCGUAUUACUGUAGCUGUGCAGCUGGUUUUGAGGGGAAUGGUACACACUGCACAGUGGUUGACCAAUGUGCAAACAAUAAUGGCAACUGCUCCCCCAACGCUGUGUGUAAAAGGACUCAACCAGGACGCAGGCAAUGUGUCUGUAACCCCGGCUAUGCAGGAGAUGGACAAGUGUGUGUUUCAAUCAACCCCUGUCUGGAUGGCAAUGCAGGCUGCAGUAAUAAUUCAGAGUGCAUACACACAGGUCCAAACAAGUCAGCUUGUGUGUGCAAAACUGGCUACUCUGGCGAUGGAAAGGCAUGUGCUCCUAUCAAUGUGUGUAAGAAGAAAAAUGGUGGCUGCCACAGAAUCGCCAUAUGUACAAUGACAGGACCAGGAGAAAGGAACUGCACUUGCCCAAAAAACACUAUUGGCGAUGGGUUAAAAUGCAAAGAAAGUAUCAUGCGGGAGAUUCAAAACAGGAAUCUGAUUGACUUCUCAUUUCGUUUGCUUAGGGCUUCCAUCAUAGAUCUUAAAGGACGUGGUCCAUACACUGUAUUUGCUCCUAAUGCUAAAGCAUUUAAAAAACUACAGAAUAAAAACAUGUUAAACAAUGCUGAAAAACCUGCAAUCCUGAUGUACCACAUCGUGUCAUGCCAGAGCCUUCUUCCUGCAGAUUUCAUGCAACCUCGCAACCUCACCACGCUCACUGGUGAAACUAUCACUGUUUCCUAUUCAGAGGGCACAAUAUAUAUCAAUAACAAUGUGAAAGUUGUGUACAGUGAUGAAGAAAGUAGCAACGGGAUUUUCUAUGAGAUUGACACGGUUCUGUUUCCUCCCAGUUAUGAGAAAUUAAGCAAAAUGAACACCACAAAGACUUCCAGCCUCAAGGAUGUAUCAGAACAACAUGGCUUCAAGACUUUCUUCAAGCUGCUGGAGGAUACAGACGUAAUAAAGCAGAUUCAGGACCCUCUCCAUCAGCCAGUUACUCUGUUUUUGCCAACUGACAACACUAUGGCAGCUUUACCUCAGAAACAAAAGGACUUUCUGUAUGGUCUGCAUAACCGAGCCCAACUUGUAGAGUACCUUGAAUAUCACAUUCUCCGAGACAAAAAGGUGCAGGCUGCAGAGAUGGUGCAUUACGAUUCAAUAAAGACGCUUCAGGGCUCUGAUAUCACUGCAGGCUGUGUUGGAGAAGACUACAUAGGGGCUCUGUAUAUCAAUGACAAAAGCUGUCCAAUUGUGAAGAGGAACAUUGAUUUCAAUGGAGGCCUUGUCUACGGUAUUGAUUGUCUGCUAACCCCACCCAGUCUUGGUGGACGCUGUGAUGAGAAAGAUGUUGUAGAAAUCACAAUGCCAUGCAGACAAUGUGGUUUCAAAGUCUUUGACUGCCCUGCAGUGAGUAAACCUAAGACUAAAAAGAAAUGCGACCUUCCAAGGACCUUCUUAUCCAUAAAUUCUGGAUGUCAGUCUGUGUGCUCCAUGGUUGUGUGGAAGCCCAAGUGCUGCCCAGGGUACUAUGGCAGGGACUGUCUUGUCUGUCCUGGAGGAUCUGGAUCUCCAUGCAGUAAUCAUGGGCAGUGUGAUGAGGAUAAUCUUGGCAAUGGUACCUGCACAUGUGACACUGGGUUUCAUGGAGUGGCCUGUGAACUCUGCACAGAGGGUCGCUUCGGACCAGACUGUAAAGAAUGUAACUGCACUGAGCAUGGAUCGUGUGAUGUGGGUCGAGAAGGCACUGGCUCCUGUUUCUGUGAUGAGGGCUGGACUGGUGCACAUUGUGAGCAAAAAUUAGCUGAUGGUCCUGUGUGCUUGCCUGCUUGUCAUGAGAAGGCAGUGUGUACUCCAAACAACACCUGCAUAUGCAAGCCUUUCUACGAGGGAGAUGGAAUCUCCUGCACAGUGACAGACAUGUGCAAGUUCUGGAAUGGAGGCUGCUCAAAGAAUGCUAAAUGUUCCCAGAAAGGUGAGAAGGUGAACUGUACCUGUCUGAAAGGCUACACUGGAGAUGGCCAUGUGUGCUCACAGGUGGACCUCUGUGUUGAAGAGGACAACGGAGGAUGCCAUGAGCAUGCCAUCUGCACCCUGACUGGACCUGCUAAAAGGAAAUGUGAGUGUAAGACUAACUACAUUGGCGAUGGACUGGUGUGUGAACUGAAGGUGCUUCCAGUGAACCGCUGUAUGGUGGAUAAUGGCCAGUGUCAUCCAGAUGCACAGUGCACUGACCUGCACUACCAGGAUAAAACGGUUGGUGUUUUCCACUACCGUUCUCCUUUGGGUUCAUACAAACUGAAUUACACUCAGGCUCAAGAAUCCUGUAAGCAGGAAGGAGGCACCAUCGCUACUUAUACACAGCUCUCGUAUGCACAGCAGGCAGGAUAUAGCAUGUGUUCUGCAGGUUGGUUAGCACAGAAACUGGUAGCCUAUCCUAUGAGCUACUCCCGUCCUACCUGUGGUUUUGGCCAUGUGGGCAUUGUGGACUAUGGCACUCAAACAAAUUUGAGUAAGACCUGGGAUACGUUCUGCUACAGAGUAAAAGAUGUGAAUUGUGAGUGUAAGAUCGGCUAUAUUGGUGAUGGGUUCAUGUGCACUGGAAACAUCUUGCAAGUUCUUACCGCUAAGCCUAACUUUUCCAACUUUCUAUCACAAAUCCUGAACUACUCCAGAACUUCAGCAAAAGGAGAAGAGUUUUUAAAGCGCCUCAGCAACAUAACUAACCAGGCCACUAUGUUUGUACCUGAUAACAACGGGCUCUAUGAGAAUGAGACACUAUCCUACAGGGAUUUGGAGCACCACAUGUUGGAUGGUAGAGCUCUGGUGCUACAGGAUCUUAUCAACGUCAGUCACAUCCGGUCUUAUCUGGGACAGACACUGAUUGUAAAAGGUGUCCCCAGUCUACAAAGCCCUCAAACACUCAUCUCCUCUGGAUAUGUGAAUGAUCGUUAUAUCAUUGAACCAGAUAUUCUAGCAUCCAACGGGAUCAUCCAUGUGCUGCAGGGGCCACUAAAAGCACCACCUCCUUCACUGCAGUCCUUCCCUCAAGCACAUAGGGCUGGGAUGGGGAUUGGGGUUCUGUUGCUGAUAGCUCUCAUUGUUGCUGGUGCAUUUGUAGUGUAUCACUUCUACAAGCAGCAAACCAAGCCAUUUCAGUUUCAUUAUUUUAAGGAGGAUGAGAAGGAAGAUGAGAGCACACCUGAAUCCACUCCAUAUGUGAAUAACCCCAUGUAUGAGUCUACAUCUGCCCCCAGUGCUCCAGCGCUUCCAGUAGAAGAUAAGGAAGACAAGCAUCAGGUGGUUGAAGGAGCCCCCUAUGACCUUCUCCAGGAUAGCUGAAUCAAUCUCAGACUUUCUGUGAAGCUCUUUGGAGUUUGAUCUGCUAUACAGCUUUGAAAAGACACUCAGCUGCAGCAGUACAUUGAAGAUGGUAAACAGAUAUCAGACUGAAUGGUGACAGCAUGAAGCUGAAUUUGAAUGAACUGACUGAGGACCCACUAUGCUGGAUGUCGCAUAAGUGAUAAAAUGUGCAUUUGUGGUGGAUGGUUUACUUCUUGGUUUGUUCUUGUUUUCCUUUAAUGUGACAGAAUUUGAAUUCUUGUGUAAUGACUA